GAGGAUGAGUAGCGCGUUCCUGCGCGCUCGGCACAGCCCCAGGCAGAGCAGCAGCGUGCAGCAGGCCGGCCACAGGCUGGGCAUGGCGGCGGGGGCAGCGAGACCGCGGCCACGCCCCCGGUCACGCGCCCCGAGCCCCGCCCCGUCACGUGCUCGCGCAGGUCCUGCCCCGUCCCGCUGUGAUUGUUGCAGAUCCGCCUCGGAAACCUCGGGACCCGGGCUAGGCGCCCAGAGGGUCCGCCCUGGAGGUGCCCUGGUGGGUGAAGGCUGUGGGUCCCUGGGUGGGGGCAGGCCACCGGGCCCCGGCAUGGCGUCCCCCACCUGCUGCCGGCCCGGCCUGGUGUCGAGGAGGCUGCCCGUCCUGGCCUGGCUGCCCAGGUACUCUGUGCAGUGGCUGAGGCUGGAUGUCAUCGCCGGGCUGUCGGUCGGGCUCACGGUCAUUCCCCAGGCGCUGGCCUAUGCAGAGGUGGCGGGCCUGCCACCCCAGUACGGCCUCUACUCAGCUUUCACGGGCUGCUUCGUGUAUUUCUUCCUGGGCACGUCCCGGGAUGUGACCCUGGGCCCCACGGCCAUCAUGUCCCUCCUGGUGUCCCUCUACACCUUCCGUGAGCCCGCCUAUGCUGUGCUGCUGGCCUUCCUGUCCGGGUGCAUCCAGCUGGCCAUGGGCUUCCUGUGCCUGGGGUUCCUGCUGGACUUCAUCUCCUACCCGGUCAUCAAGGGGUUUACGUCUGCGGCUGCAGUCACCAUCGCUUUUGGGCAGGUCAAGAACCUCCUGGGACUGCGGAACAUCCCCCAGCAGUUUUUCCUGCAGGUGUAUUAUACCUUCCGCAGCUUGGGGGAGACCAGGGUUGGGGAUGCCGUGCUGGGCCUGCUCUGCGUGCUGCUGCUGCUCGCGCUGAAGCUGAUGCGGACCCACCUGCACCCCCUGCACCCUGAGACCCCCCCCAGGGUUCGGCUCAGCCACGGGCUGGUGUGGACUGUCACCACAGCACGCAACGCCCUGGUGGUCACCUUUGCCGCCCUGGUAGCCUACUCGUUUGAGGUGACCGGACACCAGCCCUUCAUUCUCACUGGAGAGACGGCCCAGGGGCUGCCCCCAGCGCGACUCCCUCCCUUCUCGGUGGUCACUGCCAACAGGACGGUCUCCUUCGCUGAGAUGGUGCAGGACAUGGGGGCUGGGAUGGCCGUGGUGCCCCUCGUGGGCCUUCUAGAGAGCGUGGCAGUGGCCAAAGCCUUUGCCUCUCAGAAUAAUUACCGCAUCGACGCCAACCAGGAGCUGCUGGCCAUCGGCUUCACCAACGUGCUGGGCUCCUUUGUCUCGUCCUUUCCCGUAACGGGCAGCUUCGGACGGACGGCUGUGAACGCCCAGUCAGGGGUGCGCACCCCAGCAGGGGGGCUGGUGACCGGUAUGCUGGUCCUGCUGUCCCUGGGCUACCUGACCUCGCUGUUCUACUACAUUCCCAAGUCGGCGCUGGCUGCUGUCAUCAUCAUGGCUGUGACCCCACUGUUUGACAUCAGGAUUUUUGGGACCCUGUGGUGUGUGAAGAAGCUGGACCUGCUGCCACUGUGUGUGACCUUUCUACUGUGCUUGUGGGAGGUGCAAUACGGCAUCCUGGCCGGCACCCUGGUGUCCCUGCUCAUCCUCCUGCAUGCCGUGGCCCGGCCCAGAACGCAGGUGUCCGAGGAGCCCGUCCUGGUCCUGCAGCCGGCCAGCGGCCUGCACUUCCCAGCGGUUGAGGCCCUGCGGGAGGCCGUGCUGAGCCGGGCCUUGGAAGUGUCCCCGCCGCGUGGUGCCAUCCUGGACUGCACCCAUGUCUGCAGCGUCGACUACACCAUGGUGCUGGGGCUGGGCGAGCUGCUUGGGGACUUCCACAGGCAGGGCGUCAGCCUGGUCUUCGUGGGCCUGCAGGUGCCCGUGCUUCGUGUCCUGCUGGCCGCUGACCUAAAGGAGUUCCACCACUUCUCCUCCAUGGAGGAGGCAGAGAAGUUCCUGAGGCAGGACUCAGGGCCCCAGCACUACAACAGCAGCGAGGACUCGGUCCCAGAGCACGAGGUCUCCCUUCUGAAGGCUUGAGGGGCGCCCGUGGGCAGGCGGCUUGGAGAGACUUCGGGAAG